AUGCUGCCCGGUCUACUCAAGGCCGCCAAGGGCCGGCGCGUCAGCGCGGCACUGCUCACCGCAGCACGCGGCUAUGCCUCCAAGGAGGUCCGCUUCGGCAUCGAGUGCCGCGAGGCUGUCCUUGGUGGCGUCAACAAGCUGGCAGACGCCGUGCAGGUCACGCUCGGCCCCAAGGGCCGCAACGUGAUGAUCGAGCAGCCGUACGGCGGCCCCAAGAUCACCAAGGACGGUGUCACCGUGGCCAAGGCCAUUGAGCUCAAGGACCGCUUUGAGAACAUGGGGGCGUCACUGGUCAAGCAGGUGGCCUCCGCUACCAACGACGUCGCGGGUGACGGGGGCGACUAA